CAACUGUCAGUGAUGUUGAGCGGGCGUGUUAGUAUUUGAGCUGCGGAUCUGAGCGUGAGUGGUUGUGUGUUAGUGUGUUAUCGGUGUAGAAUGUUGUGUUUGAUUGUUUCACUUGUGCGAGGAUAUUGAAGAGGUGUCGAUCAGUGCCAACAAAGAAAGGUCAGACAAAAGUCCGUGGUGAAGGAAACAACACUCUGUUGUGACAGAUGAACUUGUUGCAAACAUUGACAGAACCAGAAAGUUAUUUCAUGAUCACAUUCUUAUGACUUACACUGAUUUUGGAGGGGCCAUGUAUGAACCAGUUAAUACUACCAGUAAAAGGCCUAUUGCAUGUACCUGGCUGUAGAAACCACAUUUUUAUCAAAAUUCAGGCACAUUCAGAAUGGAUGUUAUAAAUAAACUAUAUUCAACAGUGAGCACAACAGUGUCCCAGUUGUCUGGGGUGCUUCCUGGUAAUCCAGUUACCAGAGAAUAUGAAAUAACAUCCUAUACAUGCACAGCAGGACCGAGUCAGCUGUGGAAAGUUUAUAAAGGCUAUAAGAAAUCAACAAAACAAGAUGGGUCAAUAUUUGUCUUUGAAAAGCGCACCUUGGAACGCUGCUCAAAAAUGGAACAGGAGAGAGUCAUGGAUCUAUUAAGAAGAGGAGUGUUUCAAUUGACCAGACUGAGGCAUCCUCAAAUAUUAACAGUCCAACACCCACUUGAGGAGUCAAGGGAAAGUUUGGCAUUCGCUGCAGAACCUGUUUUUACAAGUCUUGCAGAAUUAAUAAAGGACUCGGGUACUGCAUCUUCAGACCACAGUUCUGGUCAGAAGGGAGAGAAAUUGUAUGAAGUAGAAAUUAAACAUGGAUUGGUCCAGAUUGGAGAAGGACUUGUUUUUCUGCACAACAAUGUCAAACUGCUGCAUGGCAACAUCAACCCAGAAACUAUUUUAGUAAACCAACAAGGGGCUUGGAAAAUUUUUGGCUUUGACUUCUGCAUUUUGAAUUCAAGUAACCCAGAAGCAGAGCCAUUUUGGCCAUGUAAAGAUUAUUCGUAUAGUCAUCACCCAUACACCAUACCCAAUUUAGAUUACUUGGCACCAGAGUAUGCUCUAAGUUCUUCAUGCUCCCCUGCUAGUGAUAUAUAUUCCGUUGGCCAAGUGAUAAUUUCAGUAUAUAAUAAAGGACAGCCUCUGUUUUCUAACAAGGAAGAAUGGCACAUGUUCGAAAAAAGCUGUUCUGAGUUAAAACAGCUUUCUGAAGGAAGAAUCAGUUUUGUACCAGAAGGGAUAAGGACAUACGUAAAAAUGAUGCUUAAUGUGACUCCAGAAAUACGACCGGAUGCCCAUCAAUUUGUGAAGAUAAGUUACUUUGAAGAUGUCGGCGUGAAAACACUUACAUACCUUGAUUCUUUGUUCCAAUGGGACAAUCUUCAGAAGUCUCAAUUCUACAAAGGGUUGCCCCAGAUAAUACCUACAUUGCCGCAUCGUGUAUCAUUACACAGGAUACUACCAUGCUUGAUCAAAGAAUUUGUCAAUCCACCCAUGGUGCCUUUUGUGUUACCAAAUGUGUUACUGAUCACAGACCGGUGUACCAAGGAAGAAUAUAUAACUUUUGUGUUACCUCAUUUGAAACCUGUCAUGAAAAUCCAGGAACCUAUCCAGGUCCUGUUAAUUUUUAUGCAGAAAAUGGAAUUGCUUCUUUACCUCACGCCAUCGGAAGAAAUUAAAAACGAUGUGCUGCCUAUGAUAUAUAGAGCAUUAGAAUCAAAUGUUCAACAAAUACAAGAAUUAUGUCUUUCAGUGUUACCAACAUUUGCUGGACUGAUUGAUUAUCCUGCCAUGAAAAAUGCUUUGCUGCCCAGGAUAAAGAGACUGUGCACGUGGACUCAACAUGUAUCGGUGAGAGUAAAUUGUCUGAUAUGUAUAGGGAAAUUGUUGGAGCAUUUAGAUAAAUGGCUUGUUCUGGAUGAAGUUCUGCCAUUCUUGCCGACUAUCCCCUCACGUGAUCCAGCAGUAUUAAUGGGAAUAUUGGGAAUUUACAAGCUGGCACUGACUCAUAAGAAACUUGGAAUAACGAAAGAAUUUAUGGCAAACAAAAUUUUGCCAUUUUUGAUGCCACUGAGUAUUGAGAGUGAUCUCACACUUAAUCAGUUCAAUGCAUUUAUGUCAGUAAUUAAAGAAAUGGUGAACCGUGUUGACACUGAACAUCGAGCAAAAUUGGAGCAGUUACACAAACUUCAAGAAUCUCAGAGGACUUCUCCUCUUAACCUCCAAGACCUGCCUGCCAGAAGUCAAUCAACUGAUGUUGAAAAGCUGUUUAAUAGAAUGGGAAUAGACAGCUCACUGAGUAGCAGUGUCCCUGGUACUUCCUCACCUGAGUCUAAAGCUGAGUCUUCAAAUGGAUCGUCAAAAUCCCUUUCACUAGAAGAGAAACAGAGUAUUGCGCAACAACAAGAGCUACAGCAGAGGUUACAGGCUCAGCCUGUGCUAACUCCAUCUACAGUACCCGAUGACUUCUGUGGUUUAAUGACUAAACCUUUCUACAGUGCACACACAGGAAGGCAGCAGCCAAAGCGUAAGAAGGACCAACCUUCAGCAGCUUCAACAUCAUCUACCACUACAGUAACAUCUGAACCAUUUGGGGAGGAUUUCAGUGGAUUCUUGCAGAGGAACUUGAGCCAAAUGGAUUCUAGUUUGCGUAGCUCACCAAGAUCUCCACAGUCAUCAGUAAGCACACGAAGUGCUGGUGGAGAUACCUUUUCAGACGCGUUCUCAUCGUUUCAAUCAGCCGAUACAAGUAGUACAGAUAGUCAUCCAGUACAGUGGAGUGCAUCUGCUCCGACUAUUUCACCAGCAUUUAGACAGCCAGUUCAAAGCCAACAGUCACAGUGGAGUAAAACUGCUGUGGCAAGUGGGGCAGCUGGGACCCCCCAGCAGUUUAGAUUCCCAGUACAACAAUUUCCUAAGCCAGGUGGAUCAUCUUAUGCAUCAAGUGGAGUCCUGUUUCCAUCAUCUCACGCUUCAGGUACAAUAUCAUCAGAUUCAACGUACGUCCCAGGUCCAGCAUCGUCUGGUAUCUCCCUUUCUACCUCGAAAACUUCCACAUCUUCCUAUACUGCUACCUUAUUAUCGACGCCAUCACAUUUUACUCCUGGUACAGCUUCACCUGGAUCUAUUUCUGAAGCAUCAACCUCUUCAUCUACAUACCGUCUUGGUCCUGUAUCAUCCUUAUCCUCAACUACAUAUCCCUCUUCCUCAGUGCCAUCUUCAUCUUAUGGACUUAAUCCAGUACCAUCAUCAUUGUCAUCAACCCCAAAUACAGUGCCAUCUACUUCUUUCUACACCCCUAUCACAGUGUCAUCUACCUCUUGUUAUACCCCAGGUGCAGUAUCCUCUACCUCUUAUUAUUCCCCUGUUACCGAACCAAGUGAUACUGCUCGUAAACCUGUAAGAAAACUUUCCGUGUCUGAAAUAGAUGAUCUUUUACAGUAGUUCAUGCCCGUCCUUUUGUAUGGUUGAAAUGUGGAAAAUUGUCAAAGUUAUGUGAUUAAAUGUAUGAAAUAUUGAAAAUAAAAAUAUUUAUGUGACAAUGA